UGAAGUGAUUCUAGGCUGGUGGGUGGAAGGCAGUCGGUACAGUAAUCGUUCUAAUUUGUUUGGGGGAAAAUGAUGCCGUACAACCACAAACGCCAGGACACCCUCAUUGAGAUGUCUUCUUCUGCCGGGGAGGAGACGGGAGAUAUUGCAGUGAUUUCUGGCAUUGCACCGGAGUCGCCAGGUGAAGAUAAUGGGCCUUACUAUGAUCCGUCCAAUGGUAUGCGAGAAGGAGAAAUUCCUGGCAAUUCUGAGGUACUAAGCACUACAACAGAGACUGCUUCUCUCAUCUCUGGUCCUCCAAAGAUGAUGCAGCGAAAACAUCGGCUCUUCGUGAAUAAGCGCUUCAUGAUUGAUAAACAAGUCUACAGCAAAGACUCGGUCUUCUUUUGUGAUGGAAUCAGAAGGGUUGACUUCAUCCUCUCGUAUGUGGACGAUCCUAGGGAUGGAGAAAGGAGAAUGGAAAGAAGAAAAGAAUUUGAAGAAAAUCUGCUGAAGACAGGUCUUGAACUUGAAACUGAAAAUAAAGAUGAUUCGGAGGAUGGCAAGACUUACUUUGUGAAAAUCCAUGCUCCUUGGGAUGUGCUGGCUAUGUAUGCAGAGGUUAUGCAUAUUAAGGUGCCAAUAAAAGUCAACGAUAUUCCACAAGCAAGGGAAAACCCUUUUGACUGGAUGCUGAAGCCAAUCCGUCUUGAUCCAGCAAUAAUGAACCCAGAACCCGAUUAUUUCACGGCACCUUUCAGCAAGCAGCGACAGGAACUCUACUUGAUCAAUAAUCCAGAGACCUUCUUCUCGCCUUCUACCCGUAACAGGAUUGUGUAUUAUAUUCUUUCUCGAUGUAAGUACACAACGGAAGAUGGAAAGAAGAAAAUUGGGAUUAAGAGGCUGCUGAACAAUGGCACGUACACAGCUGCCUUCCCACUCCAUGAUUGUAGGUACUGGAAGAAAUCCCAUGAUCCCAAGAGCGAGAAUGAGCGAUUCACAUUAUAUAAACAGUGGGCUCGUUUUGGUCAGUUCUACAAGGAGCAGCCUCUUAACCUCAUCAGAAAAUACUACGGAGAGAAGAUUGGAAUAUAUUUUGCCUGGCUUGGUUUUUAUACAGAAAUGUUGGGAAUUGCGGGUGCUGUUGGCUUCAUCUGCUUUCUGUUUGGCUGCAUCACCAAGGAUGGAAAUAUAUGGAGUGAUGAAAUCUGUGAUGCAGAGAUUGGAGGAAGGAUAAUCAUGUGUCCUCUUUGUGAUGGAUGUGAUUUCUGGAGGUUAAACACUACCUGUGAAUCAACCAAGAAUACUCACUUGUUUGACAAUGCAGCUACGUUGUUUUUUGCCGUUUUUAUGGGAAUUUGGGUGACCCUCUUCCUGGAGCUGUGGAAGCGGAGACAGGCCAAGCUGGAGUACGAGUGGGACCUGGUGGACUUUGAGGAAGAGCAGCAGCGGCUCCAGAUCCGCCCCGAGUAUGAGUCAAAGUGUACACACCGCAAGAAAAACCCGGUUACUCAGGAACUAGAGCCUUACAUUCCGAUAUCGAAUCAAGCUUUUCGUUGUUGUUUGUCAGGGGCUACAGUCCUGUUUUGGAUCUUUUUAAUCCUGAUCUGCAUUAUUGCUGUCAUCGUGUACCGCCUCUCCAUGUAUGCCUCUUUUGCCAAGAUCACUGUGACCAUGAAGGAAGUGAAGUACAUCGGUACGUUGUUCACACCGCAGAUGGCUACAAGUGUCACCGCCUCUGUACUGAACUUCAUCAUCAUCAUGAUCCUGAAUUACUUCUACGAGAAGGUGGCAAUCUGGAUCACCGACCUUGAGAUCCCCAAAACCCACUUUGAGUACGAGAACCGACUGACCAUGAAAAUGUUCCUCUUUCAGUUUGUUAACUACUACUCCUCGUGUUUCUAUGUUGCCUUCUUCAAGGGCAAGUUUAUUGGACACCCUGGAGAAUACAACUAUCUGUUUGGGACAUGGAGGAACGAAGAGUGUGACCCCGGUGGAUGCCUGAUUGAACUGACCACACAGCUUACCAUCAUCAUGGCUGGCAAACAAAUCUGGGGCAACAUCCAGGAAUCUUUCUGGCCAUGGAUAAAAAACUGGUGGGUGAGUCGAAAUGCCAGGCAUCAUCCGGAGCGACUGUACUCCCGCUGGGAGCAGGACCACGACCUACAGGACAUGGGCCAGCUUGGCCUCUUCUAUGAAUAUCUGGAAAUGGUUAUCCAGUUUGGUUUUGUUACUCUUUUCGUGGCCUCGUUUCCUCUGGCGCCCGUUCUUGCUCUGCUGAACAACAUCAUCGAGAUCCGUGUGGAUGCUUGGAAGUUUAUCACGCAGUUCCGAAGGCCAAUGGCAGCAAAGGCCCACAGCAUAGGAAUCUGGCAGCAGAUACUGAAUGGCGUUGCCGUUUUAUCUGUCGUUACAAAUGCUUUCAUUGUGGCUUUUACUUCUGAUAUGAUCCCACGUUUGGUGUACAAGUAUGCAUAUUCUACAAAUGAUGACCUACCAAUGAAAGGAUAUAUCAAUAACAGUCUUUCAAUUGCUAACACUUCUGUCUUAAAAGACAGACCAAAAACAUCAUCAGACGGUGGCAUUGAAAUCACAUCGUGCAGAUACAAGGAUUAUCGUUACCCGUCAGGACAUGAACUUGAAUUCCAGCACACCAUGCAAUUCUGGCAUAUUUUGGCUGCAAAAAUGGCAUUCAUUAUCAUCUUGGAGCACGUCGUCUUUCUGGUGAAGUUUACCGUAGCAGCUUUAAUUCCUGAUGUCCCAGGGGAGGUGAAGGAUCGAAUCAAACGAGAGAAAUAUUUAACGCAGAAGAUACUUCAUGAGUAUGAGCUCAACAAACUGAGGGCAAUGCUUGCUGGGAAGGAAAACAUCAUGGUCAACAAGGAGGUGUCGGUGCAUGCAGAGAAAGUGGAACUGCUGAGUGAGGAGCUGUAGUCCAUGCUGUGCCUGUUUGGGAAUGUUUGAAAACAAGAAUGUUUUAGUUGUUUUGGAAUAAAUCAAUUAAUUCAAUUCUUUUUAACAAGGAAAAAAGAUGACGUGCAUUUGGCUCCGGUAAUCACCAUGUCACUGGCACUGAUUCAGCUACCAUCCUAUACUACCGUCUUGAUAAGGACACAGUUUCAGUCUGAUCCCUGUACAGGGUCUCUGUCAAGGCAGUGUCUUAAUCCUCCUGCUCACAGCUUCUGAUAUAAUCAUUAUUUGCCUUUGUUCUAUGGCAGAAAAAGCUUCUAAUGUGAAUGGAGCCUUCCAAAAUUUUGUCACUUUGGAUGCAUUGAAAAGUUUCUAUUUAAGCUUAGGAAGAAAGAUACUGGGAUGCAUUUUGAAAAUGUAUUGUAAUCAUUAUGAAAACCAAUGCAAACCUUUGGAUGCAAUGUUACUUGUCAAUUGAUUAGAUGUUCCCUUGAUUUCUUUCUCCAUUUAAGCUAUAUAUAUUUUUUUUCUAUUUGGUCUUUAUUUGUUUCUUCCAUCUACUGUCUGUAUAAAUUUGCCACUUUGGCAAUUUUACCCUUAGCACGUGUCACUAUAACAAAAUUAAACAGAACUCUUGCAAGGUAUUAUAUUGCAUUAGGUUGUGGCCCUCAAACCAAUAAGAUAAAUAAUACUGCUGUAUUUGGUGCCUAGAUGUAACUACUGAUCUCUUGUGAGAUACGUUGCAAAUAAUUUUUGGGUUAAAUAGCUGCAAAAAAAAGUCUUUCUUUAAAAAUAUACAGUUCUUAAGGAUCUUUGCAAUUAAUUUUUAACUCAGACUGAAUAGAAAAACCAUCAGGCCAUUGGGAGUAACCCAACAGGAGAGUCUUUAAACAGCCCAUGAAUUUAAACUUUAUGGCUGCUUAUUACUUGUAUAAGUACAGGGAGAAUACAAAAGUAAAAACAGUCCCUGAGGUAAGGAGAGUCCAAUAUCAUAGAGAAUGGGACCAUUUCUCUAUUGGAAGCAUUGAAUGAAAUCUACAGCAUAGAUUUACUCAUUGUUUUCUCCUGUGAUUAUUAUUCGUAGAUGGAGAAACAGCUGAGCUUACUGAUGCAAACUUGGGUAUGUUAAAUACACCUUUUUAAAAUUCUAAUUUCAAAGUGUUCACAUUGUACCGUUGCAGACAGUGAGGUUUUGAUAAGGGAUUCUGCCAGAGUUGAGGCAGAAGUGCCCACCACAUCUGAGCUGUCAGUCAAACGAAGCAUCAAGGCAUCAUCUGUCCUAUAAAGGCUCUGACUGUUGCCCCUUGGGAAUUCCUACCUCGGUAUCUCACACCUGGUUGCUGUGGGUUUUCAUGCUCAUCUUUCAGUGCACAUGGUCCUCAACAUCUGUUGCUUCAACAACACAAAUGGCAGAGAUAUAACUAUAGAGUCUAUAUUUGCCUACUCUCAAUGUAAUUUGCAUGGGGUCACUUUUGUAGUAAAUUGAAGAAUGUUGUUUGGACCUGGUGGUUUUGCCCACUCAGCAUAUCAUUUGCUGCAAAGUUCAUAGGGAAUAGAAAAAAGAUCAAGUGUAAUCACUUUUGCAAUAAUUAGUUGUCAAAUAGUAUCAUAAAGGGCUGAUGAGAAUGCUAGAAUUUUGAUUGGUUCUGGUAAAAGGCUCAAAAUUCCAUUUGCCUCAUAUACAGCUUAAUUGACUUGAACUUCAGCCCCAAUUAUUGGUGUUCAGUGCUUGAUGUUAACAUCAGUGCAAUGUAUUCUGUCCCUGAAAUUCACAGACUUGUGAUGAAGACAUAAUAAAGCUUUUGGAUCUAAUGACCAAGGUUGAGUUUCAAGGUAAAUUAGUCUUCAUGGCCUUAAAUCUGGAAUAGCCUUCUUUGCAUUCUCUAACCAUGUUCUCCUUCAAAUACCGGUGCUGCUUCUGCCUUUUGCAGAGUUUUGAAAUACUCUUUAGUAGAGUAUUAGUAAAGAUUGUAUUAAUACCUUCUCAACACACUCUGCAUUAACAUCGUCUCACUUGAGCCAUCAGACUGUGAUCUGAGUCCUAUUGUCCUUAAACAUUCAGUGCAAGAGCAUUGAGUGCAUAAGCAUGUGAAUUUAAAAAGUGCACAAAGCCAAUCUAAGGUAACACACUAUUGAAUGUAGUUUAUGGAGCUUGUGACAGUUGUGUCCUUGCCUUCCCUUUCUCUUAAAGAAGAAAAGAUUCCAACAGCUGGGCAAGAUUCUUAGCAGUAUGCCAAGUUCAACUUCUCUACUGCUAAGAACUCAGUUUCAUUGUUUCUGCAGUCACAAUGCUCCCCCCCCCACCCCCAGACAAUAUAACAGUAUUUUCCUUUAUUAUAUGAACUGUUACAUAAAGGCUAAGACUUUAUUUAACUUUAUGAAGAGGACUAAUGAGUAGCACAUAAUAGGUAUGUGGAGGUAGAAAUUCAUCCUUUGUCACUCAAUCACUCUGCUUCUGAAAUGUUGCUCCAUUGCAGCUGCUGUAGAAUAUCAGAUUUUGGAAGCAGAAAACAAUACGUAUUUGCCACUACAUUGAAUUAGAGACCUUGGACAAAUUUCUGUCUCCGUGAUGUAGUGAGAAGAAGGUUGAAAGUUGUUGCUCAAGCUUUAAUUAAUGAAAAUUGCACUUUGAAAGUAUUACUCAUUCCUAAGGAGUUGAUUUCAAAUUUGUGAAGCAUGAUGGGAUAUUACAAAUAUGGCAAUAGUUUAUUUUGUUUUACUCUUGAUUAACUCUUUGUUGUCGUGUUUUUCAUAUCUGCAGCUAUUUUAACAUCAACUAUAGUUCUUGUUCACAAUCCUAUUGUCUCUGAAAUCUAAACCUUCCACAGUUACUUGUGUUAAAGAGAAGUUGUACCUGAAUUUUGUGCUCUGUUGGUCUCUCAUUCAAAUAUUUUCUUUUUGUCUGACUGGCCAAUACAGGUUUGGGUGAAAAAUAAUGAAAUGUUAUUUGUAAAUUAUUCAUGCAACCUAAAUUGCAUGAAUUUGUCUUGAGAGUUAGAUUAGUAAUACUGUAAGACUUUUCUUCAGUCAUCUCUGUAUAAUGGCUAGAAAACCAUUAUUUACUGAUUUUCUAUUGUUGCAUAUCUAUGAAAUCAUUUCAUCAUAUUGGAAAUAUAAAGCCAAAGAAAUGUUGUCAAAUAAGACUUUGCAAUACACUGGGGUCAAAAUGUACAGGUUGAUGUCAGUUUCACUAGUCAUCAGCACUAAUAGCUAAUCACAGAAAUUGGUUGUGUGAUUGACUGUUAGUGUGGAGGGGAGAAAAGUUUGACAUUUAAAUGCUAAAACUGGGUGCAAUUCUUUCCCCACCCUUUUCUCUUGUCUCUUUUGCAAAUCUAAAUGAAGGUCAGCUGAGUUUCUUUAGUCUCCCAAAACAAUAUUUCAAAACAUUUGCACUAUAAGAAUAAUCUGAUAUUAAUGCAGUCUUAGAAUUAGAAGUGACCCAAGUGAAAAAUACAUUAAAAUCACUAAAUGUCAAGGAAUUUGAAGCAAUUGGAUGUUGUUUGAAAGCAUGCAUUUCAUAUAUUUUCAUAAUUGUAGGCAUUAAGUAUGUCAGUAUCUAAUCUUGUAACAAUUACUUGACAAAAUUAUUAAUGAGAUCAAUGGUAACAUAGAUGUUUAAAUGAAGCAUUUUGUGAAAAAACCAAACACAGGUGCCUUCCUCAAAGAACAUAAAAAUAUUCAUAUAACUGAUAGGUGAGGGAGGACUUUUGGUUGACUCGGUUAUGAUUAUUGUUUGUAUUCUUCUCCUGUACAUUCAGUGCCUUUGAAGUCAAUGCAAGCAAAUGUUGGGAGUUGAGUACUGCUAGCGAAGUUUCGCAUGCACUUAGCAUAGGCAACCAAAAAUGCAUUUCUUCCCUGCUAUCUCAAAACCUUUCCUUUCUCACCAAUGUAGCCACAUGCUAAAUCUCUUUACAGCCUAUAAAACAUAGAUUCUAAAGCUAUCUUAGGUACAUUUAUCCUUCGUCAAUCGGUUUCUAGUUGAGCAAAAUUAUUUUCCUUUUAACCAUGCUGGGAUGGAUGUACCUUUCUCAAAAUUACCGUAAGCCAUAUAUAAUGUACACAACACACUCAGUUACCUGUAUGGAACAGUAUUAUCCGACUUUGUGAAAGUUGUUGCGUCUCGCUUUACACAACCAGAUAUACUGAAUAGUUUUGACUAACGGAUGAAAUGCCUGGAAGUGAGAGCUGAAAAUGAUGGUGUACUUAUUGAGUUUCUGCUAAGUUAUCUGGUUAUCUGUAUAUUUAAAAAAAAUGUUUCAACUGAAGUAAGUUGAGAAAAUGUAAUAUGCUACUUAGUAAUACAUCUUUUAUUGUUUUGUAUAAUGUGUCUGGUGUAUUUUUGUGAUCUCACUUAUGCACACAAUGUGGGAUUUCCUCCUUUAGCUCCCAAAUAAUGUAACUGCAGAUAUUUUACUGAUGCGCGGUAUUGCUAGUUUACAGUUUCAGCAGAUUUCUUUCUUGUAAGACCAUGUUUGCCUUCUACAUUGCAUAGUCCUGUUUAUUCAGAAUUAUUGCAUAAAAGACCUACUCUGUACCUGACUUGAAUGAAACAAUAUUUUACAAAU